AUGAACCUCCCCAGCGGCAAAGCCUUGAUCGACAUGUUCAUCACCAAAACCGCCACCAAAAAAGCCAACUGGACCCCGACCCCGGACACCCCGACCGAGCACACGAUCCUCAUCCCCAUGCGCGACGGCCACCUCAACCCGGCCCGCAUGCACCAACCUCCUCCUGCUUCAUCCGCCACCCCCAGUCCCCUCGUCGUCUUCAUCCACGGCGGCGGCUUCUGCGCCGGCGACCACGAACAAUUCAGCCCCAUCGCCCGCACCCUCACGCGCCUCUUCGGCGCCACCGUCGCCACCAUCUCGCACCGGCUAGCGCCCUCGCACGCCUUUCCGACGGCUCCGCUCGACGUGCUCGACGCUGUGCGGUGGCUAGCGACGCACGCGCGCGAUGACACGCGCAUCAAUGCGGAUCCGCACAACGCCGGCUUCGUCAUCGCGGGCGUGUCGUCGGGGGCGUCGCUGGCCGGGGUGGUGGCGCAGAAGCUGUUGGACGAAGGCGGCGGAGACGAGGCGGCACUGCCCGCCGUGACGGGGGUGUGGAUGCAGAUGCCCGGGUUCCUGGACCCGGCGAUCGUGCCGGCGCGGUGGAAGCAUCUGCAUUUCUCGCGGGAGCAGAAUCGCGACGCGCCGGUGAUUAAUGGCGAGGCGAUGGCGUACCUGGAUGAGUUGUAUGCGCCGGAUGUGCGGUCGGAUCUGUUUUCGCCGGUGAAUGCGGAGGGGUUUGGGAGGAAGGAGAAGAAGUUGCCGCCGCAUUAUAUCAUGGUGUGUGGGAUGGAUCCGGCUAGGGAUGAUGGGUUGAUUUAUGAGAAGAUGUUGAGGGAGGUGGGGGUGGAGACGAGGAUUGAUGUGUUUCCUGGGAUUCCGCAUGGGCCUGUCAUUUUUGCUGGGACGGAGCUGCCGGCUGCGAAAGAGGAAGUCGUAAAUGGGAUCCAUGCUUUUGGGUGGAUGUUUGGAAAGCAAGUGAGUGAAAAGAAAAUUCAGAAGGCUCUCUGA